AGGCUGGGCUGUAUUGGCGUGGCAGCUGUAAAGGGGUGGGUCUUAAGCGUCGGACAGGAAAGGAAAGCGAAGACAACUGACAGUAAAAGCGAAUAAACGUGAUGGCUGCAAUCCGUAAGAAGCUAGUAAUAGUUGGGGAUGGUGCAUGUGGGAAGACCUGUCUACUAAUAGUCUUCAGCAAAGACCAAUUUCCUGAAGUCUACGUUCCAACAGUCUUUGAAAACUAUGUUGCAGAUAUUGAAGUGGAUGGUAAACAGGUAGAGCUGGCUUUGUGGGACACUGCUGGACAAGAAGAUUAUGAUAGACUACGGCCUCUUUCUUAUCCUGAUACCGAUGUUAUUCUCAUGUGUUUCUCUAUAGAUAGUCCUGAUAGCUUAGAGAAUAUUCCUGAGAAAUGGACUCCUGAGGUGAAGCACUUUUGUCCCAAUGUGCCCAUUAUACUUGUGGGAAACAAGAAAGAUCUCCGAAAUGAUGAACAUACCCGCCGUGAGCUUGCCAAAAUGAAACAGGAACCAGUGAAGCCUGAAGAGGGUCGUGAUAUGGCUAACAGAAUAAAUGCUUUUGGCUAUUUGGAAUGUUCUGCCAAGACGAAGGAUGGAGUACGAGAGGUGUUUGAGAUGGCAACAAGAGCUGCUUUACAAGCCAAGAAAGGUCGUAAGAAGAAUGCUUGCAGCUUGUUGUAGAGAGGAGGAUUAAAAAAAAAAAAAACAGGCCAAUGAAAAUGUACCAGCAUUCCUUUUUUGUCUGCUCUAUCCAUCACUUUACAACUCUAGAAUUGUAGCACUAUACAGGAUCUUGCUCUGAAAUGUUCUAUUUUUGGGAUGCAGUGAAACUGACAUAAUCUUUUGGAUGUAGAAUUUCUAAGAUGAAUACCAGAGGUUGUUCUAUGCCUUUUAAAAUUUCUCCAAAACUAAAUGCUUUCAAAUGUCUUUUUUUCUAUGCUUCCUUCCCAUUUUUGAUGCAUCUUGUUUAAAAGGUAUAGAGUUUAUCUGAAAUGUAAUUCCAAAAAACUAAAAAAUAAAAAAAAAUCCACUGAAUUAUGCAAUGGGAAAAAUGCAAAGAAA